AUGGCUUUCGAUCUACCAGCGACUCCAGAUUUUCGCGUUGGUACUGUCAAUGUUCAUGUAUUUAUUAAUUCAACUGGUAAUAGUAAUGUAAAAGCAUUAGCAUCGAUUCUUGGUCCACUCAACCUUGACGUUCUCGCUGUGGAAGAAGCCAAUAAUAAUAAAGAUUGGAAAUUUCUAUGUGAUGAGUUAUCAUUAACUCAUACUGCAUUCGGAGCAAUUCAUGGAUCAUCAUACGGUAAUGCCAUCGCCUCUCGUCAUCCGAUUGUAGAGCAUUAUAGUCAAAGUUCAUCCACGAACCCUGUCGGUGGUUAUCGAGCAAUGCUUCAAUGUCGUUUUGGCGGUGACCAUCCAUUUGUUCAAAAUCGAAGAUUCGCAGUUACACAUCUAGAUCAUUUGAAUGAAGACGAUCGAUUGACACAAAUCAAGGAAUUUUAUUCACUAAACCACAAUAUCAAUGUACUUGCCGGUGAUAUGAAUUCAUUGACACAAAGCGAUUAUUCGGAUAAAUAUUUUCAUGAAGUCGUUGCUGGCAAACGUGAAAGAUUCCGACGGGAAAUGCCUCGAUUCGAACUCACUCAACUAUUGACAAAUACCUGGGGUUUGCAAGAUGCUUUUCAAUAUUUAAAUCCGACACUCAAAGACGAACAGGUGGCAACAUGUCGAUACGGAACCCGAAUUGAUUAUAUAUUUCUGCGUCCUUUGUCUAACGAUGAAUGGGUAUUGAAAGAAUGUUUCAUUGUGGAUACUCACCAAGCGACAGAUCACAAUGCUGUUGUGGCCACUUUCCAACAUAAAUCAAAAUACUAG